CUCCUCAGCCCUCCCCCUCAGGCACCGGGGGAACCGGAGAGGUCUGAUAAAACCUGAACUCAAAGGAAGGACCCUGACAGAACCUGCAGGAGGACACAUCUGUGACCUGGAGACUUCUUGAGGUGAAGAUUCACUCAGAGCAGACAUGUCAAGUUCACUUCUGCUGUUUGUCUUUUCUGCUCUCUGCUGCAGCCUAGCGGCCAAUGUGGAGCUGCUCCGCGUCAAGCGAGGAGCUCGUUUUUACAGAGGUGAGCCUGACAGGACGCCAGCUAGACGGACGCUUUUGAUUGUUCAGUUCAAGAAGUCUUCACCUUCGUUUGACGCAUCCUUACGUUGUGUGGACAGCGAGACGUCGGCAGUGCGUAGUUUUGGUGACACGUGGAUGCGGUGGAAGGGUCAGCGUGUGGAGUUUUGUCGUUGUGCUUUAGGAGGAAGAGAUGUUUGUCAUGUUGUCCCUGUCAUCAACUGCUACGUGUCUCAGUGCUACAACGGAGGAACCUGUAAGGAGGCCGUCUACUCAUCAGACUACAUUUGUCAGUGUCCCUCCGGCUUCAGCGGGGCUCAGUGUGAGAUCAAUACCAGUGAGAAGUGUGUUGUGGGGAAGGGGGAAGGCUACCGCGGCACACAGAGCAUCAGCCAGACGGGAUCAGACUGCAUCAACUGGAACUCAACGUCUCUGAGAGGAAGAAGGUUCACGGCUCGAAAAUCAGAUGCCAGCAGCCUCGGGCUGGGGAAUCACAACUUCUGCAGGAAUCCCGACCGGGACAGCUCUCCCUGGUGUUACAUCUAUAAAGGCACUGAGAUUGUGUGGGACUUCUGUUCCUUACCUAAAUGUCCAAAAGUUAGGAACACCGAGUGUGUUGUGGAUUCUGGUCAGUCAUACAGAGGAACAACGUCCGUCACCAAAAGCGGCGCUCUCUGUCUCCCGUGGGAUUCUCCAGCUAUCAGACGUAAGGUCAACAAUGCUUGGAGAUCAAAUGCUGCGGAGCUGGGACUCAGCAAUCAUAAUUUCUGCAGGAAUCCAGAUGGUGAUGCAGCUCCAUGGUGCCACACCUACAAAAACAUGGUUCUGACCUGGGAACUGUGCGACAUUCCCAAAUGCUCAAGACGUCCGUCGGUCAUCUCCACUCUCGGCCCACGUGCUCCCACCACUAACAGCAACAACAAAGAGACGUGCGGCCAGCGUUUUGACAACUCUCUGAAUCGGCCAGCGUUCCGCAUGUUUGGAGGCAGAGACAGUGACAUCGCGGAGCAGCCGUGGCAGGCUGCCAUCGGUUUUUACAAUGCCCGUCACAGAAAGCACUUCCAUCGCUGUGGAGGAGUCCUCAUCAGCUCCUGCUGGGUCCUGUCUGCAGCACACUGCUUCGAAAUCACUGACAAACCAGAAAAUUUUCAAGUGAUUUUGGGAAGAACGUUUCGAAACCAGUCUUCAAGCAGUGAGCAGAUCUUCAGUGUUGAGAACUACUGGAUUCAUGAGAAGUUUGACAAUGAAACCUUCGACAACGACAUUGUUAUUUUAAAGCUGAAGUCGGACAUUGGCAUAUGUGCCGUGAACUCUCCAGAGGUUCUUCCAGCGUGUCUGCCUGAGCGUGGGCUGAUGCUGCCCGACUGGACCGAGUGCGAGAUCUCUGGAUAUGGAAAAGAUGCAGAAUUUUCUGCAGAGUUCUCAGAGCGAGUGAAAAGAGGACACGUCCGCCUGUGGCCCAGAGAGCGCUGUGUUCCCGAGGUUCUGUCUGGACGCACGGUCACCUCCAACAUGCUGUGCGCAGGUGACACUCGAGGGCUUGAUGAUGCCUGCAAGGGUGACUCCGGAGGCCCUUUAGUCUGUCGACACAAAGACAGGAUGACUCUGAUGGGCGUGAUCAGCUGGGGCGAUGGGUGUGGACAGAAGGACAAACCAGGGGUUUACACAAAGGUCACACACUACAUUGACUGGAUCAACAACAAAAUUACUUCAAAUCCUUUUUAAAAUAAAAAAGAUGAAAAAAAAAAGUUCCCGGAUGACCCACAAACUCUGUGGGUGGACAGCAGCGUUUGUCAUGACGGCUGUCCCGAGUGCUGCUUCUUCUUGUGGAUCUGGAUCCAAACCCAUGGAGGUUUGAAGUCAGCAGGACUGAAGGCUGGAGGUUUAGUGUUAGUUUAGUGGUUUGAAUGAACCAUAAAUAAAGCAGAUUUAGAGAAUUAGUUCUCUUUUUCUGAGCCAUCUACAUGGACGUAAUUUUGGGGGGGACAGGGGGGACAUGUCCCCCCCACUUUUUCCAAAGUCAAGUUUUGAGCCCUACACUUUUUACCAUCCAAAAACAACAUUACGCUAUUUUAAAUUGACACUGGUUGAGCUCUAGGACCAGACAUUACUUGUCUUUGUGUGUGUGUGUGUGUGUGUGUGUGUGUGUGUGUGUGUGUGUGUGUGUGUCUCUGCUCUGUCUUCUCCAUCCCCAGUGAGUCGUGGAGGAUGGCUGCUUAUACUGAGCCAUGAUUCUCUGGAGGUUUCUUCCUGUUAAAAGGGAGUUUUCCUCUCCACUGUCGCUGCAUGCUUGCUUAGAAUGAGGAUUGCAUCAAGUCACUGACACUAGUCACACACAAAGACGUGUCAGUGACUUGAUGCAAUUUGCUGGGUUCCUUAUAUAGGAAACAUUAUUUCUGAUUGGCUUAAUGAACUGUGAAUUGGAAUGUUUAUUAUGUGAAGUGUCUUGAGACGACUCUUGUCGUGAUUUGGCGCUAUAUAAAUAAACUUGAAUUGAAUUGAAUUGAAGCGGAAAACAACCGUUUGUGUUGAAGCCUGUUUCCCAUUAGAGUAUACUAUAAAGAUCCCCCCCCCCCACUUCUAAAUUGAAAAUUACGUCCAUGGCCAUCUAUAUCAUAUUUCUACAUUUGAAUACCUACAGAGGUUUGUUGCCUCUAAGUAACUAGACAUGGGUUCUGUAACAGAUCAGCAACACGUUUACUCCAACAGAACCCUCCCUCACCCAAAACAAUCCCGUUGCAUUUUACAGUAACUCGUCGGAGGAGGAGGAAAGUGAGGUUUGAAAAGAAAUCCGGGCCAAGAUGAAGUCCAGAACCAAUCUGCUGGUUCAGAUUCUGCAGGUUUAUGUCCUUUUUAUUUUGGUAAACGGACGUGGAAGCAGGACGGAGGAGAUCCUCACGCUGUUUUACAAACCUGAGAAUGGGUUUUGUAUCAGAAGCUUUCUCCGACAAUCACGCGGGUUGACCCCAGCUGUCACUUGUACAUAUGUGAUUAUUAAUUUUUUAUGACAUUUUUUAAAUAAAUGAACUUCAGUUGAACGUUGAACUGCUGAAACGAUGUGUGACGACUAACUUUGUGCAUCAUAGCUUUGUAAUUUAUUUUAUAAAUAAAAGCCUCACCUGAUAAAAUACUAACUUUUCAAUGACUGUUGUUUGGUUUUUAAAGGCUUGUGAAAGUUUCUGCACAAAAACUUUAGAAUUUUCUGACACGUUAUUUUCUACCUGGAACUGCUUUUGUUGUUUGUUGUUUUUGUGGGGAAAUAAACAAGCAUUUUAAAGCA